GCAUUUCUCCCCCGUUCUUUCCUCUCCCGCGACGAGAGAGGCGGCGCCAUGGUCGCCCACCCACCACGGCGGCGCGACCGGGCUUGCUCGCCGGAGCGUGCACGCGUGCGUGCAUCGACGCGAGCGGCUCCGUCGAUCUCGCCCUGCCGGCGUCGCACGCGUGGCCGGGGCGGCUGCUGAACGCGGUUGAGGGUGCGCCGGCAACCAGGACGCGCCGGCGACGAUGCGUGCCGCGGAGAUCCGUCGCCCACCGCGCGCCAUCCUUGUUCUCUCCGCCGGCAUCGAAUCACGGAAGAGCCGACCACCAGGAAGAGAUGGCGGCCAGGGGACUGCGGUGUGCUGCUGCUCGCCGGCCACCAGCUCCACGCCCUUCUUCAGAUCGCCGUUGGCGACAUCGUCCGCGACGAGCUCGCGUCCAUGGGCCAGCUUGCCCUGCAGGUUCCUUGAUGGGAGCUGCAGCUCGCAGGGGUCUAGGCUCGCAACGAUGUCCAUCCCCUGCAAAUACGACGAGAUCUAGGUGCCCCAGGUGCAUAAGAGUAUGCGGUGUGACCGCUGUUGGGCAGCCGUGGUGGUGGUGGUGUUAUCUCAGUUUCGGCCACAAUUCCCUCAGCUAUCUUGAUUCAUUAUCAACAAUAUUGUACCUCUCAAGCAUAUGCGUCCAAGAGCCUUCAAAAUCUUUAAGCCAUUCAUUAUCAACAAUAUUGUAAGCAGAUUAUGUGGUGUGCUAUUUGUGGAUGUGCUCUAAUAUAGCGAAAACCGACGGAUAGGAUUGGCAAUGUGUUAAGCAAGCAUCUAGCUCACAUGAUGCAGUCCACAUGUAGAGUAGUGUCUUUUUACUUAAUCCAUGCAGCUUAUGAUCUGGAGGAGUUAUGUUUCUUCUCCUUCUGCCAAUUGCAACUUGUAGUAGUAUGUAUUGCUUGAUAUAUUGUUUAUGGGAUAUAUUCAAUCAUGGUAGUAUUUGUGUGAUUUUGAUGUGCAAUUUUCUGUUAACUAGCAAGAAGAGAUUCUUAUUCUGUAGAUUCUCAUGUGCUGCCAUUUUACAGUUGAAAUUCUCUUCUUCUUUUGCCAAACUAAGAUUCAAUGACAGCAACCAUUAAAUUACUUGUAGUGUGCCACUAGUAGUAAUUUGGUAAUGUUGCCAGGAUUAGAUUUGUUGGUGUUGCUCAGCAGAGCAAAGCUAGUUUAUGUUGUUUGUUUGAUUUAGAGCAGAUCUUGUUUAGAUAAACUAGUUCUUAUCUUGACACCUGUGCUAAUUCUGGUUAUAGGAUACAUAAGAACAGAGUGUGCUGAACUAACCCUCAAUUGUUU